CGAGUCACAUGGAUGGAAGAGUGUGUGUGUGUGUGUGUGUGUGUGUGAGGAUGUCGGUCGGAGCAAUGCGCUCGCACAUUUUCACCUCCCUUCCCCCAGCUCCUUUUUUCCCAAUGAUCAUACAGCAGAGCAGCGCAGCAAAGGAGGAAUCCGCACAGAAUCACUUCAUGUGCAAGAAGAAAGAGCCUUUGGGGAAAACGAGUGGACCACCUUGUCUAGCUCUGCGUCGCAUCACGUCUCAGUCGGCGUUUGAUAAAAGAGGCUGCUAACGGGCUCAGAUAUUCUAAUUGUGAAUGGAGAAAUGCCUAAAGCCAUGGCCAAACCGGGAGAGAAAAUGCUCUGUAAAAUCUACAGGAAAUACAGAUUCUACAAAUCAAAGAGAUCAGAAGCAAAGGAGUGGCAAAUCAUAGGAGGAGGAACAGACUAGAGUGACAGGAGCUAUAAAAAGGUACAAUGGCAAAGCUCACGGCAUCUAUCUGCAACAGGACUGAUGAACAGCAAGAGAAAGGUUUCCACAGGUCUGGACUUGCUGUUUACUCGAGGAGGUUUGACGAAUCUAACGAACCCAAAGAGACCAUGCGACGGAAGCUGAGGCAGAGAUACUGCGGUGUGGCUCUUUUCCUCAUUGUGCUUGUGUUUGCGGGAGGCCUCGUUCUUCAGGGUCAAUGGCCUAGUCAAAUCAGCCAGGACUCUGCUGCUCAAGAACUCCAAACCAUGAAAACCUUCUCCAACUUCAACACGAUGAAUACAAAAAAGUUAAGGGAGCUUGAGGAGUCCUCUUUGCCACUUAAUUCACAUGAAAAUGUCAUCUCGAUUUUGGAUGGAAGUUUGCAGCAGGGCUCAGACUCCUUGCUUUCGAACAUUAGUUCGCAGGAACAGAUAAGUGUGGCGAGGCUACUUAAAGAGGAGCCUUACGACUACAUCCUCAACGAGCGGAACGCAUGUCUGUUGCGAGCUCCUUUCUUAGUGCUUUUGAUUGAGGUUGAGCCCAAGAAAACCGAUGCCAGGGAUGCCAUCAGAAAAACGUGGGCUAAUGAAAGCAUGGCUGAAGAUUUGGGCUUCAUACGUCUUUUUUUCUUAGGUGUAAAUAAAGACACCCAAACAGACGGAGGCAAACUGCAGCAGACAAUAGAGGAAGAAAGUCAUCGAUAUCAUGACAUCAUCCAGCAAGAUUACAGGGACACCUACAACAACCUGACCCUAAAAACGCUGAUGGGGACGUACUGGAUCACAAAAUACUGUCCCGAGGCCAAAUACGUCAUGAAGACAGACAGUGACAUGUUUGUCAACACCGAAUACCUCAUAGAAAAACUCCUAAAGCCCAAAGAGCAACCAGCACAGAAAUAUUUUACAGGACAUCUUAUGCCAGACAUGUCCCCAAUUCGAAACCAAGAGAGUAAAUGGUACAUGCCCCAAGAAGUGUACCCUGGUGAGCGAUACCCCACCUUUUGCUCUGGGACUGGGUACGUCUUCUCAGGAGAUGUGGCCCAAAGCAUAUACGUGGUAUCUCUGACCAUACCUAGAGUGCAUUUAGAAGAUGUUUAUGUGGGUAUGUGUCUAGCUAAGCUGAAGAUAGAGCCAACACCACCACCAAAUGAUCAGCUGUUCAAUCACUGGCGAGUGCCCUACUCGAGCUGUAGAUACAGCAACCUGAUCACCUCUCACGGAUUUCAUCCCAAUGAAAUCAUCCAGUUCUGGCAACACCUGCAGAGCAACAAGCAGAAUCCCUGCCAAACGACUGGGUAAAAGGUUCAAUAAACAGAUUUAGUCUAUCUUGAAGGUUUUAUUAUCAGGUUGAAAAGACCUGUAACAUUAACACUUUAAAGUAAAGUAAACAGGUCAAAAGUUAUUUUUCUGAGGUUUCUGGACAACCUUACCUGGGCUUAGACCAUUUUUCCAUUACUGCAAUCUUAAUGAUCUUGACAAGCUUGACUGUUUAAAUAUUGUGGCUUAAAUAUUUUUGAUAAAUCUUAGAGGAUUGUAAAUAAGCAAGAUGCGGAAGGCUAAUAGAUAGCCACUUUUUUGUACCAAUAAAGCCAUAAAAAAAAGUA